UGGAUGCAAAAUGAAGAAAAACUUUUCCUCACCUUUUUUGUUAAAUCCCUCAAGCCCUCUAGCGUCAUGGUGGGCUUUACCCCUUAUAGCCUGAAAGUUGAAAUACAGAAUCCGAACACAAUGGGGAAUGAGAGGAAAGGAGAAAAAGACGAACAAGCUAAUGCGAAGGAUCCGGAGUUGUUCGUGUUCUGUAUACCGGAGUUGAGACAUGAGAUCAUCCCCGAACAGUCUUCGUACGAAAUUUUUCAAACAAAACUGGAGGUUGUGUUGUUUAAGAAGGAGAGGGGACGGAGCUGGGCCCUGUUAGAGGCAGUCAAACAGCAGAAAGAUGAGGCGUCAAGAGCAGCUACUCUUCCUCUUCCUGCCUCAUCUUCUGAAGUUCGUCCUCCUCCGGCCACCUCAGUGUACCCUUCCUCCAAAAAAAAGGUCGAUUGGAACAAAGUAGAAAAGGAAAUAGCAGCAGAACUAGAGUCCGAACAGUUAGAGGGCGAGCAAGCCCUACAGAAGCUGUUCAGAGACAUUUAUGGCAAAGGGGAUGAAGACACGAGAAGAGCAAUGAUUAAGUCUUUUCAAACGUCAGGGGGCACUGUUCUUUCAACCAAUUGGGCUGACGUGAAAGACAAGGAUUACGAAAAGACACUCGAGGCACCUGAGGGCCAAGAAGUUCGUUCCUGGAAUAAGUCGUAA